AUGACAGCCAUCGGAUUUGAUUACAGUAAACAAUACUACGCUGCAAGCAGCUUGGUAAUCGGUUAUGCACUUUGUUCAAGCUUACUCGCUGUUAUAAACAAAUUUGCAAUCACCAAAUUCAAUUACCCAGGCUUAUUAACUGCAUUACAGUACUUAACUUCUGUUUUAGGUGUCUGGGUUUUUGGAAAGUUUGGUUUUUUACAUCGCGAUCCUUUCAAAUUCGAUGUAGCCAAAAAGUUUUUGCCUGCUGCUGUUGUCUUUUACCUUGCGAUUUUCACAAACACCAAUCUUUUGCGCCAUGCAAACGUAGAUACUUUCAUAGUGUUUAGAUCCUUGACACCCCUUUUAGUUGCCUUAGCUGAUACAGUGUUUAGGAGGCAACCGUGCAUUUCAAAGCUGACAUUUGUGUCUCUUUUGAUCAUUUUGGGUGCUGCUGCUGGGUAUGUAGCUACUGAUUCAGCUUUUAAUUUGACUGCAUAUUCAUGGGCGUUUGCAUAUUUGGCCACAACUACCACAGAGAUGGUUUAUAUUAAGCAUAUGGUGAUGAAUCUUGGGUUGAACACUUGGAGCUUCGUGUUGUACAACAACUUGUUGUCCUUGAUGAUGGCACCCGUGUUUUGGAUUUUGACCAGAGAACACAGUGAGGUGUUUGCAGCUUUGAGAACCAAUGGCGGGGAUUGGUUAGAACCCGUGGCGUUCACUGCGGUAUCAUUGUCGUGUUUGUUCGGUUUUCUAAUUAGUUUUUUUGGAUUCGCGGCUAGGAAGGCAGUCUCUGCCACUGCAUUUACCGUGACCGGUGUGGUUAACAAGUUCCUUACAGUUGUGAUCAAUGUAUUGAUUUGGGAUAAGCAUGCCACCCCUUUCGGUUUGGUUUGUCUCCUCUUCUCGCUGUUCGGAGGGGUUCUUUAUCAGCAGUCAGUGUAA